UUCAGAUUAAAUGCAAGCUGAAAAUGACCAUUAAUAAGAGAGUUCUAAUAACAUUAAUCAUCUUCGUUAUAAAUCAUCAUAUGUAUGAAGUAUUCCAAAUAUGAUUUCAGUUAAUAAGAUAAAGACGAAAAAUUUAUGAUGACAAUGAUUUUAAAGAAGUUGUCAAAAAUUUCUACAAUUUAGUCUCCGAAAUGAAUAGAGGUUAAUAAUCCGUAUAGCCAUUAUUAGUGAAGAAAAUAUAGAAAGCUCCUAUACGUAAAUAGCCUCAAUAAGUGAAAUAAAGAAAUACAAGCAAAAAUAAGUAACUAACAAAAGAACUUCCUUAUUCUAAAAGAGAGAUUCAUUUUGGACCUGAUUAAUAAGCCAAAUAAUACUUUAACUCUUGUUUCAGUCAUUAAAUUAUGAGUCAUUUAUUGCCUAAUUUUGAUUAAUCUUCUGGGAAAUAAGCAGCUUUCUUAUAUGAUAAACCCAAACCUCAUCUUCAAUUUAAACGAAAUCAAAUGCAUAUUCAAACAGCUUAUUAAAUAUAUAUAAAGAAGUUUGAUUCUAAAUAUGUUGAAACACAGGAUCCUACAUCAAUAGCUAGAAAAAUUAUGAAUUCCAACUUUAAUUCUAAAGUAAAAAUUCAUUAAAGAACCAGACCCAAUACUAAGAAGAGGAGAAGGAGAGUGAUAAAUCUGAUAAAUGCAAUAGAUCUUAUGAAGAUGGUAAAAAGAAACCUUUAAAAGAAUUAGUUCGAGAAUUUUAGAGUGAUUAAUGAUUUUAAAAAACAUCAAAAGUAAUAAAAUAAAAAAAG